AUGGAGGAGGACGAGGCGGGCGCGGAGCCGCGGGGUCCCUCCGGGCGCCGCCGCUCGCCGAGCCCCGGUCGCCUGGACGUGAGCUCCAGCCGCUUCGACCCGCUGCUGGCGCUCUACUCGCCGCGCACGCCGCUGCCCUUCCCCGCCGCGCCCUGCUUCAACAACCUCGCCGAGUACGAGAGCUUCCAGCGCGGCCUGCGCCGCCCGCGCGGCCGCCGCGCCGCCCCCCGUUCUCUUUCUGUUUUAGUCCAUGAAGGCAGCCCGCUGGGGGAACUUCAUCGCUGUGUCCGAGAUGGUGUCAAAAUCAAUGUUCACAUCCGCACUUUCAAAGGGCUUCGUGGAGUCUGCACAGGGUUUCUGGUUGCAUUUGACAAAUUCUGGAAUAUGGCCCUGACAGACGUGGAUGAGACUUACAGGAAACCAGUAAUGGGCAAAGCUUUCUAUGCAGAACCUCAGCUCACACUGACCCGACUGUUUGACAGACUCAAACUUCAGGAGUCCUCGGGGAAGAAGGGAGCUGACUCAAAGACUGUCUCAGAGGAGCUGGCCCUGACAAGUGACUCUCAGACACUGGGAUCAAAAGUUGGAUCAGGACGAGGGAGAGCAGAAGAGGAGCGUGAAAGACAGAAACACUCGGGCAGAGCUGGAGAAAAGAAGACACCAGGUGACAGUUUGGUUGCCAGAGGUGAAGUUGAUGUGGGCAGCAGGACUGCCCACACAGAGGGUGCCAGUGCUGGUGGCACCCGUGCACGGAGCCAGUCACGGAGGAAAAGGCGGCCCAAAGUGGAUUAUCAACAGGUGUUCACACGUCACAUAAACCAGAUUUUUAUUCGAGGAGAGAAUGUCUUGCUUGUCCAUUUAGCACAUUGACCUGGCUGAGCUUUGGUCAGCGUAUUUAUUUGAUAGCAUGACUUGCUGCUGCAGCUCCCAUUGCUAUUUAAAGUUGUCGUUGAGUUUGAUGGUACCAUGGCUGGUUUCCCAUUGCCAUACCAAGGUAGGGGAAAUAAUUGUAAGUAGAGCAUCCUGAGCUUGAUGCCAGAGCAGCUUACUUAGAUCCCUGUUGGGGGUUUCAGGACAAGGUCAGCAAUGGAGUUGUUUCUGUGAUAUGAGGGAGGUAAGCACAGAUCCCACUGCUCCUUAAAAAGAAGCUAAAUGGAGAGGGUUGGAAGAGAAUUUUGGUGUAAUCUGUUAUAGGAGCUACUUGUGGCACACAUUUAAGGAGCUUAAGAUAAGAUCUCCACCUGCAAUGAAUCAGAAAUGCUCUUUUGCAUGUUCUGAGAAAUCUCAAGAGGAGAUUGCUAAUGAAACCAACAGUUUAUCUGCUGCUGUUACAUGGGUGUCCUCUUUUCCAGACAUAAUUCUGACAGUCAUUUUGAAACAGUUUGUAAAAAGGUGGAGUGACAUACUACUGAUGGCUAUUGCCCAGUGUGAUAGAAAACCUCUUAAUUGAAAACUGCUCAUCUAAUGUGAGUGAUGACAGGACUGUAAUUUGUUUUCCAUAUCAAAGCUUAGGCUUCUCUUUGUAGUGCUGUGCUUUGGCCCUGUGUCACCAGCAAGCAGGUGAUGUAGCUGAUCCAGGGGCCUCCAUAUUUGGGGUUUAUCUGUGAAUGCUGUGGAUGCAGAUGGAAAAUUGUACUGUUACAUUUCAUCCAUAUACUGCUUAGUGUUAUAGUGAAGCUGGCAAAGGUGUAGGGUUUUUCUCAGAUGUGUUUGUGCUGAGCACACUUGUACUGUAUCUAAGAGCCUUUCAAGCUCUCUAUUGAAACUAGAGGUGCUGUGUCUCCAGCAAUUCCCAUGGAGCAGAAAUCUUCAUGGGUCUUUCCUAUCCAUGUGAAUGAUGCAUCAUCUAAUUCCAGUUGAACUGAGCUUCAGAGGUGUGGCUGAAAAUGUUUUGCAGUAUAAAAGUCAAACUCAACUCAUCAGUGUUUUAUUUUAACAAGACUAUUAAAGCCAAGGUUCUGCAGGUAUAAACUGAUUUCCAAGAGAGUCAUGUGGAGAAGUUUCAGGGUAAGUGAAGCUGUUACAUGAUCUAGUCUGUUCACUUCGUUGUCCAAGGACACUAGAAUUCAUGCUGCUAUUCCUGUAUUCAUCUCAACUGCCUUGUGCUUUGCAGCAGCUCCGUGUGUUUAGGAUGAAGUUGGGAAAUUGCUUUAUAUCAGGUCUUGUAUUGCGUAUAGGGGUCAUUAAGUUCUCAAAUUGAGUGACUCUUCUGUGGGUGACGUAGAUGUCUGCUCCUGCAAAUGCAGCAUUCUGCUUGCUUGUCUUUAGGGGGAUGUCUGGUGUUUGGGUGAAUCACAGAAAUCAUUUAGCAGGAGUUCCUGGACACACAAAGCAGCUGGUUUUGCCUCUGGGGGAGCCUGAAGCUUCUGUCAACAUUUCACGUGACAGGGGGCUUGGACAGCUGAUGAGCUGAGCCAGUGAGCUGCAAACCCUAGUUCAGCCUGGGACAGAAGUGCUUCAGAAUAAAAAGUACUGUUCAGGCAAAACAGUUUCAUCAAGAGCAAAAAAGAAAAGAAAAAAGUGAAAUACUAUCUACAGCUUCUUAUUAUAUAUUGCUUUAUUGUAAUCCCUUCCCACUAUGAACUGAGACCAGGCACUGAAAAGAUUCUUCUCUUAGAGGCUCUUGUUUCCUCUCUUGUGCUGUUCUUGUUUGUGUUCCUGUGCUCUGCAGUUUCCCCUUUUUUUCUUCCCCCUUUCUCCUGUCAGUACUUUGUCUCUUCAGGAUGUUCUAAACUCUGGUUUAUGAAGACUGUUCUUGUAUUCAUCCCUAGUUGUUCUGGCUUUCUGAACCAUUCUUGGUUGGCUUUCUGUGUGGUUCCCAACUAACCAGAACCCUCACAAAUUACCAGAAACAUGUGAAGCUAGAAACAAGGUGCUUAUUUCUGCUCCUGGCUUCCCAGCAGCUUUUAUUGCAAGUGCAUAUUUUCUUCGUUCUGUUUUUGAUUGUGGGGUUUUUAUU